AUGGCCUCAAAGUUUGUCCCUACCAAGGGAAAGGCAUUGGGCCAUGCCUUGCGCACAUCUUCAUCUGUAGCAUUACCGGGAUUCCUGGUACCGGCGUGGCAGACAUUUGCGCAAAGGCAAUUCUCGAUAACCACGAAGCGACCCUCAAAGCUCGGGCGAACUCCAAUUUCGAUCCCCCCUGGCGUUGAGUUGUCCAUGGGCGACCUAAAGACGACCAAGGUUGCUACCUCGUAUAAGCCUACCGUUAAGAGGACGAUUACAGUGAAGGGACCCCUGGGAACACUGGAGCUCGAUGUCCCCGAAUUUGUGAACCUGCAGCAGGAUUUGGAGAAUAAGACGGUCCUGCUGGGUGUGGAGGACGCGAAUAUCAAGCAGCAAAAGGAGAUGUGGGGAACGUCAUGGUCGUACCUGAGCAACUACGUAAUGGGCGUAUCUGAAGGGCACACGGCCAUCCUCCGCCUCGUGGGCGUCGGUUACCGAGCGAGCGUCGAGCGACGCGCCGGCAAGGAGCAGUAUCCCGGCCAGAAAUUCCUGUGCUUGAAAUUGGGCUUUACGCAUCCUGUUGAGGAGGGUAUUCCGGAGGGAGUUACUGUGACGACACCCUCGCCGACGAGGAUCUUGCUCGAGGGUACGGAUCGGGAGGUGAUUAUGUCGUUUGCUGGGCGGGUGAGGCAGUGGCGGCCGCCGGAGCCGUAUAAGGGAAAGGGUGUGUUUAUCAAUGACCAGACUAUCAAGCUGAAGCAGAAGAAGAUUAAGUAA